AUGGGCAAAGUCUUGUGUGAAGCUUGCUCAAAAAAGUGCUCUGGCAAUGUGCUUCGAGUUGGCCAGACGUACUUUCACAUUGACUGCUUCCGAUGUAAAGAAUGCAAAAACUCGCUUGCGCAAGGUGGCUUCUUUACGCACACCGCUGGUAACGAAACGUCGUACCACUGUGCAAAGUGUUACCAGCAGUCUUUUGGCGCCAAGUGCGCCGCUUGCAACCUCUUCGUAGAGGGCGAAGUGGUGACAGCACUGGGCAACACCUACCACCAGAGCUGUUUUCGCUGUCACCGAUGCAAUCAAUCCUUUGCUACGGGAGAAAAGGUCACAUGGACUGGAAAAGAAUGUCUUUGUGCCAAGUGCAUUCAAAUUCCGGUCGUCUCAACGGCGCACAAUGACGCAGACAAUGUAGCCCCUGCAGUGUGCAGUAGCUGUCAUGGCGAAAUUUCAGAGGGUCAAGCGUUGAUUGCCCUGGAAAAGCACUGGCACAUUUGGUGCUUUAAAUGUGAAACUUGCGGUACCAUACUUCACGGCGAGUACCUGAACAAGGAUGGACGAGUGUACUGUGAAAAGGACUACCAAAAACAAUUCGGCAUCAAGUGUCACCACUGUGGACGGUACAUUACGGGAAAGGUCCUUCAGGCCGGUGACAAUCACUUUCACCCUACCUGCGCCCGUUGCACCAAGUGCGGUGACAUUUUCAGCGACGGCGAAGAAAUGUACAUUCAGGGGGCUGCCAUUUGGCAUCCACGGUGCGGCCCAGGGCCGGGAGAGAAGCUGGAAAUGCUGGACGGGCAGUUUGAGAACCAGACAAGCCGCUCUAGUCCGUAUUUGGAUAAAGAAGUGCCGUUGAAUGACCUGAGUCGAGUGUACACGUACAGCUACCUGACGGCAGAGCCCACUCAGGGAUACUUGCGCAAGCCACUCGAGCCACGGCCGCCAAAGUCGCCACAGUUUCACCGACCAGCAGACUACCACUACAAGCAGCGCCACACGCCCACGAAGAUGUCCCGUCAAGGGAUGCAGGCAAUGGUGGACCACCUGCAGUCUACCACGCCGCGGCCCAAGUCGCCUUCAAUGAACAAUGAAGAGCCGAUUGAGCUGGCGCACUAUCCAAACGCCAAAAAGCCCAAUGAGCAUGAGGUGCCUUGCAUUGAGAGGGACGACUUUCCUGCUCCACCGUUUCCGUAUACUGAUCCGCAGCGAAGAAAGUUUUACAGCUCUCACGAUGAUUUGGACGAAAUUGAAGAGAACAUCGAAGGGGAAACUGCUAGGAUAGAUCCUCAGCUGAAAAAGGAGGAGCAAGAGCUUUCAAAAAUUUCCUCUGGCAUUGGCCGAGUCUUUUUGAAGACUGUCAAGGAGCGAGAAAAAGUGAUGGCCUAUCGCAAGGCGAAUUUAGACCCGAGGAAGUCUUCGCGGACACCUUCUGCCAAGACGGAAAUUCCCAUUCGCCUUCGCUAUGACAAUCCAGUCAAUGCUUCGCCCUCCAGAGACAUGGACAGACCAAAGCCGUGGGAAGAGUAUGAAGACUAUGAGGGUCAGUCGUUUUACCGCAACUCGACCAUUACCCGAAGUCAGCCAUAUAUAAACUACAACAGUGAGUGA